AUGCACCAAGGCACAAUGGCAUCUCCCCGUCACAUCCUCCUCAUCAACGGUCCCAACCUCAACCUCCUCGGUACUCGAGAGCCCCAGAUCUACGGCUCAACAACCCUCCACGACAUAGAGCAGGCCGCCCAGACCCAAGCCUCUUCGCUAGGUCUCCGUCUUUCAACAUUCCAAUCUAACCACGAAGGCGCCAUCAUCGACCGUAUCCAUCAAGCAGCGGGAUUUUCCCCGUCUCUAUCGCCAUCAGGUGCCGCCGCCGCAACGACAACUGAAGCAGGAGCCGGACCGGGAACCGGAGUAGACAAAUUGUCAGCCAUCAUCAUCAACCCAGGCGCUUACACGCACACGAGCGUGGGUAUUAGGGAUGCACUGCUAGGGACGGGAAUCCCGUUUGUUGAGGUGCAUGUCUCGAAUGUGCAUGCGAGAGAGGCGUUCAGACAUCAUAGUUACUUGAGCGAUAAGGCGGCGGCGGUUAUUUGUGGGCUGGGGCCGUUUGGGUAUAGUGCUGCGCUGGAGUUUGCGGGGAGGCAUAUGAAGUUAUGA